AUGUCCAAGGAGCGCGCCAUAAACGACGAGGAGACGCAGCCGCUGACCAAAGAGGCCGUCUCCUCCCGGCUGUCACAGGACGAGGGCCGCCCUUCUGCCGACACCGACUCGACCACCUCGCUCAUCUUCGAGGGCAUCAACGGCGCCUACGCGAAGGACCAGCUGCCCGAGCCCUACUCCGACUUCAACAGCACGUCGCGCCGCCAUGAACAAGAGUUCGACGUCGAGGACGGGCCAUACUAUGGCGCGAGGCCUACGGAUAAGAAGCUGCGGAAGUGGGUGUGGAUUCUCGGCGUCGUCUGCAUCGCCGGCUGGGUGCUGGCUCUGUUCGCAUUCCUCUCCAAGGGCGCCUACAAGCAUGCAUCGACCAAGCCACACGACCCGCUCGCCACGUCGUCGAGAGGGUCGGGGAAGAAAGUCACGCUGGACCAGGUGAUGAAUGGAGCGUGGAGCCCGCAACGCCACGAUCUGUCCUGGAUUGCCGGCCCGGAUGGUGAGGACGGCUUGCUGCUGGAAAAAGGUGCUUCGAAAGAUGGGUACCUCAUUGUAGAGGAUGUGCGGAACCGCGAUUCCAAGACGCCUUCGCAGAAUGCGACGGUCUUGAUGAAGCACGGAGGAUUCUACGUCGGCGAACGCUGGGUUCAGCCGCAUGAUGUCUGGCCGAGCCCGGAUUUCAAGAAGGUUCUGGUCAUGUCGGAGAGGGAGCACAACUGGAGACAUUCGUUCUAUGGCCGUUACUGGAUCUUUGACGUCGACACGCAGACUGCCCAGCCGUUGGACCCGAAGGAGCCUGAGAGCAGGAUUCAGCUGGCCUCAUGGUCGCCGAAGUCGGAUGCCAUUGUCUUCACACGCGAGAGCAACAUGUUCUUGCGCAAGCUGGAUACCGACUCGGUCACCGCCAUCACCGAGGACGGAGGCGAAAACCUGUUUUACGGUGUGCCUGACUGGGUCUACGAAGAAGAAGUCUUUGGGGGCAACAGCGCUACAUGGUGGUCCAAGGAUGGCAAAUACAUUGCCUUCCUUCGGACCAACGAAUCAAUGGUUCCCACGUACCCUGUCCAGUACUUCAUCUCCAGGCCCAGUGGCAAGGAGCCGCCGCCUGGUGAGGAGAACUAUCCCGAAGUACGCGAGAUCAAAUAUCCCAAGGCCGGAGCACCGAACCCUAUUGUCCAUCUGCAAUUCUUCGACGUUGCUCAGAGCGAAGUUUUCUCUGUCAACAUCACCGACGACUUUGCAGAUGAUGACCGCCUCAUUACCGAAGUCAUUUGGGCCGGUGGAAAGCAGGUCCUGAUCCGCGAAACUAACCGCGAAAGCGACCUACUCUCCAUAAGUUUGAUUGACGUUGCAACGAGAACCGGCGCAAAGGUCCGGACCGACAACGUAAACGAGCUUGAUGGAGGAUGGAUGGAGGUUUCAACCACCACCACGUUCAUUCCUGCGGAUCCUGAAAAUGGCCGCCAGUUCGACGGGUACAUCGAUACAGUCAUCCACGACGGAUACGACCAUCUUGGCUAUUUCACUCCCUUGGACAACAAGGACCCCAUUCUUCUCACUCAGGGCAACUGGGAAGUUGUUGAUGCCCCGUCUGCCGUGGACCUCAAGAAAAACUAUGUCUACUACAUCUCAACCAAGGAGAGUUCUAUCCAGCGGCACGUGUAUCGUGUCAAGCUUGAUGGCAGUGGCACCGAGGCUCUCACGGAUACUGGCAAGGAAGGUUACUACAACGCAAAGUUCUCCACGGGUGGAAGCUUUAUGCUGCUGUCGUAUCAGGGACCUGAUAUUCCAUGGCAGAAGGUGGUCAGCACACCCAGCGCUGCAGAGCCUUACGAGAGUUUGAUCGAGGACAAUCAUCUCCUCUCGAAGAUGGCACGGGAGCAUGAGCUGCCCAUCACGACUUACUCUACAAUGACGGUCGACAACAUGGAAUUGAACAUUGUCGAAUACCGCCCCCCGCACUUCGACAAGCACAAGAAAUACCCGGUCCUGUUCCACAUGUACAACGGGCCCGGCAGCCAGCAAGUCACGAAGAAGUUCGGCGUCGAUUUCUCGUCCUACAUUGCUUCCUCGCUCGGCUACAUUGUCGUUACGCUCGAUGGUCGCGGCACUGGCUUCAUCGGACGCGCGGCCCGCACCGUGGUACGCGGCAACCUCGGCCACUACGAAGCCACGGAUCAGAUCAACGCAGCCAAGCUCUGGGCGUCGAAGCCCUACGUGGAUGAGAAGAAGAUGGCGAUAUGGGGCUGGAGCUACGGCGGCUUCAUGACGCUCAAGGCGCUCGAGCAGGAUGCGGGCCAGACGUUCCGGUACGGCAUGGCGGUGGCGCCCGUCACCGACUGGCGCUACUACGACUCGAUCUACACGGAGCGCUACAUGCAUACGCCGCAGCACAAUCCCGACGGCUACGCGUCGAGCACCAUCACCAACGCGACUGCGCUGUCGCAGAACGUCAGGUUCCUGCUGAUGCACGGCGUUGCGGACGACAAUGUACACAUGCAGAACAGCCUCUGGCUGUUGGAUCGCCUGGACGUGGCGGGCGUGGAGAAUUACGAUGUCCAUGUCUUCCCCGAUUCAGAUCACAGCAUCUAUUUCCACAACGCGAACAGGAUUGUGUACGACAAGCUGAGCACCUGGCUCAUCAAUGCCUUCAAUGGCGAGUGGCUGCGCACAGAAGACCCCGCUCCGAUACAGUUAGGUUCGGUGGUUGAGAGAGAUGGUGGCGAGAGUCUUUUGGAUUAUAAAGCUUAG